UGUCUAGUUCUUAAGGAAUUAUGAAGAAUCUAAUAAUCAUAUGGUCUCUUUUACGAAUGGUAAAUUUACUUUAUGUAGGUGGACUUGAAGAAUAUUGAAACUCAACCUGAACAAGAAAGUAAGAUCUUUUAGCCCUUUUAACUAUUUGUCUUUCUUUCUCUGAAUUCUGAGUCUCAUCCCAAAUCCUCUGAUGCACAAUUCCAUCAAAGACAGUUAAGGUCAAAUUACAGUUGAAGAAAGAGUGUUCCUUUGGAGAGCAUUUUUCAUAGUAGGGGAUCAUCCUUUGUUAGGGUUAUGGGAUCCUGAAAGUGCUCUAGCAUUGAAUUGGUCAGAAGGACAUUUUUGGACAGCAGAGCUGGACAUACCUGUUGGAGUAUCUGUCCAGUUCAAGUUCUUUCUGAAAACACGCUCCGGUUACCUUUAUGGCAACCGGAUCCUGAUUGGAUUUUUAAUCCCGUGAAACUGUGAAUACCAUUGUCGUUUGUGAAGACUGGGAAAAAGCUGAAAAACAGAAAGUCAUAGAGGAAGAGCAGAUAGUUAAUGAAGAUGAACCACUUCUUGAUUCUGAGAUGGCAAAUGUUGUAGAAAACUUGACACCUCCAGAGGAAGAUCUAAUCCCCGAGGAAAAUCCCGCCUCUCCUGGAAAGGAGCAAUUAUAAGCAUUAUCCGAGGAAUCAGUCACCAGCAAUGGUGAUACUUCACUAGAGAAGCCCUUGCCUAUCGUUGCAGAGAAUAUUAGUUACCGAACAGAAGACUUUAUAGCAAAUGCAGAUAAUGGAGUGCUCGGUUUGAGUAAAACGAACUACCCCUAUGAUGAGGCUUUGGAUGUUUCAAAUAUGAAUGCUUUGAUAGCAGAAGAUCUUGGAGAUAACGACAGCGUAGGAACAGCGGUUACCAAAGGAAAUUUGGUAGCAUAUGAAGGUAAUCCUGUCCUAGUGCCUGGCUUGAGUCCAGUAGAAACAAUGUCAGCUGAAGAAUCAAAGGCGAGUGAAGAUGUCAAAAAUAGUACAACCGAUGCACUGAUUGGAGUUAAUGAAGCUUUAAAUCACAGAUCGUUCGAGCCAGAAGAAAAGCAAGAAUCCGAAGGUACACCACAGGAAGAAGAAACAACUGCAGCAAUCAAGGAAGAUGAGGAACAGAUCAACCAACAUAUUCAGGAGCCUGUAGAAACGAAAGAUCACAAACAUCUCAACCAACAAAUCCAGGAGCCCCUAGUAGCCAAAGAAGAGCAGCAGCUCAACCAAUAUUCAGGAUCCCCUAGCAGCCGAAGAAGAACAACCCGAUCCGGAGUCUUUUCAAAGCAACUUGUUGCAGAGUGAUGUCUAAUGGGGUGGAAACGCAUUGCAGAAGCUUCUCAAUGGUUUAAGAUUUCUAAUAUUGCUCAUUUACUCUAUAAACUAGAUCUUUAUAUAGUCUUUUAAGCAGAAUGCUCAUUGCUGUGCUUCAUUUCUGUUAAAUGAGAGGGUUAGGCUACUGUUACUGCAUUAGUACUGUUAGUAUGUACAUGCAAACAUUGCUUC